AUGGCAGACAUCAUGGAUCACCCGGUAGUCCACCUCUUGAAGUCUCUCAUGUCCAUUGUCAGCACGAGCGAGCUCGAGCACGGCAUUGGCGUCUUCUUGGAAGAGCAUCUCCAGGGCCUGGGCUACACCGUAGAGCGCAUCCCCAUUGCGCCGGGAUCAACGCGCCACAAUGUAUACGCCUACCUCGGCCCGGCCCGCCAGACGCGCGUGCUUCUGACCGCGCACAUGGACACGGUGCCACCGCACAUCCCGCUGACAGUCGACGGCGACAUCAUUCGGGGCAGAGGGUCGUCGGAUGAUCUAGGUCCGCUGGCGGCGCAGAUUCAGGCGGCGGAAGAAUUGAGACGCGAAGGAAAAGUCCGCGACGAAGGCGACAUUGGCCUGCUGUUUGUGGUUGGCGAGGAGAAUGGCGGACAUGGCAUGAUUGCCGCAAACGACAUGGGAUUGACCUGGGAGUCGGGCAUCUUUGCCGAGCCUACGGAGAGUAAACUUGCCAAAGGCCACAAGGGACAAGUCGCUUUCGAGGUGAUUGCCAAUGGUAUUGCGUGCCACUCGGGGUAUCCCCAUCUCGGCAAAAGUGCCACAACGACUCUUCUCAACGUCUUGAACGACCUCUCUGCGGCCACUUGGCCCGAGUCUGAUCUGCUCGGCCCCUCCACCUUCAACAUCGGCACCCUCGAGGGCGGCGAGAAACACAACAUUGUCGCCCCGUCGGCCAAGGCGCUAUGCGAAGUCCGCAUGGUCUCUGACCUGCCUGGCAUCAAGGCCAAGGUGGCCGAGAUCGUCUCGCGGCACCCCGACGUGGAGCUCAAGUUUGUGUUCGAGUACCCCGAGGCGCUAUUGGACUGGGAAAUUGACGGUUUCGACGCUGCCCCCGUGGCCUUUGGGACAGAUGUUCCCCGACUCAAGGCCGAGUGCUGCGGCAACAGAGUACUCUUUGGUCCAGGAUCGAUCCUCGUCGCACAUGGGCCAGAUGAGUAUAUCCGUGUGCCUGAGCUGAUUGACAGCAUAUCUUCCUACAAGAAGCUGGUCCUCCACUUCCUCCGACAAUAA